AUGGAAAUUUUUUUAAUGGGACUUAUAGCCUCAACUUUAAUCCGUGAGUAUUGGUUCAUUUCUUUAAGAAAUAAUAAUGAAACCGAACGAUCAGAGUAUUAUCUUGAAGAUGCAACAGUCGAUCGGGUGUUUGAACGCGUACAAAGUUGCCACCGAUCGAGAAUGGGCUUUGCAAGAGCCGACCAUUUGAAAUAUUUUUGUUCAUUUGCAAACACAAACUUGGAAAGACGCAAUAGAAUCCUUCGAGAUACGGCAGGGGGGUUUUCCAACCAAUGGGAUACCGGGGUUCUUCAGUCUACAAUGCCAACAGCAUCUACACCUGAAGCAAAAUCUAUAUCGAUCAUCUUUAGUCUCUUACCAUUUAUAAGUAAUGAUAAAAAUAACUAUUAUUUUAUUUUGUACCGAUUAAUGGGGUUGGCAAAAGUAGGAUCAUUUCCUGAAGAGAUAACAGUAGUCAAUGGACUUGCACGUAACCUCAUAUUUAACUUUAGUUCUGAUUUGGUUGAAUAUUACUACGCGGCUGGUGUUCCUUCACUAUUCCUCAAGAUGCUCAGACAUGAAACACAGAAUGCUGAAUUCAAAGUUGUUCGCAGAGCAUCCAGUUUAUUGUUCCGAGAUUUUGGUAAGCUUUCCAUCAAAUAUAAAUCCUCCAAAAAAUAUACCUCAGAAGAGGAAGCGCAAGCACUAGCUCUUGUUACUCGCCGUCCAUGGAUCCCUUCAUCGCUGACUUCAACCUACUACAAAGUACGAGAACAUGAAAAUCCCAAAAAGAUGGUGAUUGUGUUUACAUUUUGGUUGAUCUUUUCAUUAUAUGUUUGUUGGGAAAAAUCAAUCUCGGAAAUGGUCAACUUUUAUUUAUAUUAUUGUAUUGUGGAAUAUGUGGUGGAUAUGUGGUCAACUCUUGCAGUUGAAUACAGAAAAGAGAAAAUGGACCCAGGAGACAUGGAUUUCGCAUUCGAAGCAAUAGGGUCUAGUCUCCAGGUAGUUGCUUCAGUCCUUUUGUUUGUCACAAUCUGUCUAGCUGGAAAUAUAUGGCUAGCCAUCGCUGGCUUUUUAAAAAUGUUGUACCCAAUAUUUCCAGAUUACACAUCCCGAAUACAAACUCAAUCAAUAUUAAAGAAUGAUUUAUACAGGCAAUAUAAACAUUCAAUGGAUGAUUCAAAGGUUGAAGAUGAUCAUCAAGCAAUCAUAAUAAUGCAAUCAUCCUUGUUCAAAGUUUCUAGAUCAUUCACAAACUUGGGAUUGAAAAACUCAUCAUUAUACUAUAGAUCAAUGACUACUUACAGAUCUGAAUACGAUACCUUUGGUGAAGUCAAGGUCGAUGACUCCAAGUACUGGGGUGCUCAAACUCAAAGAUCAUUAGAGAACUUUGAUAUUGGAGGUCCAUCAGAGAGAAUGCCAAAUCCAGUGAUUAGAGCAUUUGGUGUAUUGAAAAAGUCAGCUGCUAUUGUAAACAAAAAGUUUGGAUUGGAUGCUGAGAUUGCAGACAAUAUUGUCAAGGCUGCCGAUGAAGUUAUCUCUGGCAAGUUGGAUGACCAAUUCCCAUUGGUUGUUUUCCAAACUGGUUCGGGUACUCAAACCAACAUGAACGUCAACGAAGUCAUUUCCAACCGUGCCAUCGAGUUAAUGACCAAGAAGCGUGACUUUACCAAAAAGGUAGUUCAUCCAAACGACCACGUCAACAAGUCGCAAUCAUCCAACGACACCUUCCCAACUGCCAUGCAUAUUGCUGCCGCCGUUGAAAUCAAGGAACGUCUCAUCCCAGGCAUGCGUAUGUUGCUCAACGAGAUGCAAAAGAAGCAAGCCGAGUUUGAACACAUUAUCAAGAUUGGGCGUACCCAUUUGCAAGAUGCUACCCCUUUGACCCUCGGUCAAGAGUUUAGCGGUUACGUCACCCAAAUUGAAUACGGUAUUUUACGUGUUGAAGCCACUCUUCCACGUCUCUACCAACUCGCACAGGGUGGUACUGCCGUCGGAACCGGUCUCAACACACCAGUUGGUUUUGACACUGCUAUCGCCGCCGAGGUUGCCAAGCAAACCGGUAUUGCUUUCAAGACCGCUCCAAACAAGUUUGAGGCACUCGCUGCCCACGAUGCACUCGUUGAAGUCAGCGGUGCACUCAACACUGUCGCCGUCUCACUCAUGAAGAUUGCCAACGACAUUCGUCUCCUUGGUUCUGGUCCACGUUGCGGUCUCGGUGAGUUGUUGUUGCCAGAGAACGAGCCAGGAUCGUCCAUCAUGCCAGGCAAGGUCAACCCAACCCAAUGCGAGGCACUCACCAUGGUCUGUGCUCAAGUCAUGGGUAACAAUGUCGCCGUCUCGAUCGGUGGUAGCAACGGUCACUUUGAGUUGAACGUCUUCAAGCCAGUCAUUAUCAAGAACGUCCUCCAAUCGGUACGUAUCCUCGGUGACGGUUGUGUCUCUUUUACCAAAAACUGUGUCGUCGGUAUCAAGGCCGAUGAGAAGCGUAUCUCUCAACUCAUGAACGAGUCUCUUAUGCUCGUCACUGCUCUCAACCCAUACAUUGGUUACGACAAGGCUGCCAAGGCUGCUAAAAAGGCUCAUGCUGAAAAGACCACCCUCAAGGAAGCUUGUCUCACUCUUGGUUAUGUCACCUCUCAAGAAUUUGAUCAAUGGGUUAGACCAGAAGAAAUGAUUCAUCCAAAAUAA